AUGAAGGCGAAGACAACCUCCGCGUUCCAUAAACUCAAACAUCGGCUAACUCCUCAAUCGACUAUUCUCUUCCUCCAAGACAGCAGGUUGCCCAAGGCUUAUUCCUCCAUCCGACUGAGCGCCGUCGGCAUCACUCCGUCUCAACACUACCUACACCUACACCGAAGCACUCUCGAGAAGCUUGCCACCAACGCAUUCUACAAUAAAACUCGCCGUGUGAUCUUAACAAAGAUAUGCAAUGUGGUUUGUGCUCUUCCGGCAUUACAACACGUGUCGGACCUUAGCGAGCAAUCCCCGGUCAAUAACCUUGAGACUACAAUGGAUGCUAUCCUAUGUAAGACAUUCAAACUACGUGCUCGAUGGUGUGGGUUUUCAGGUUGGUUGGAAAACAGAAGUGAUGUUUGA